AUCAUCUCUCUCUUCCCCCAACAAUUCUCUCUCUACACAAAAUCCAUUAUCGCUCGUCUCCUCUCUAUCUCUUACUUCUCUACUUCCUUCUGCCUCCCUACCUCACACAUCUCUCUCUUGAUCGAUGGCGGUGUCCGGUUUCGAAGGCUUCGAGAAGAGAUUGGAGCUCCGGUUCACCGGGGCUGAUCCGAACGGCCCUGGCCUCAGACGGCUCGGCCAAUUCGAAAUCAACCGCAUACUCGAAGCGGCCCAAUGCACCAUCGUAUCGGGACUCGGCAACCGAUUCUUCGACUCAUACGUGCUGUCCGAGUCGAGCCUCUUUAUCUACCCGUCUAAGAUCAUAAUCAAGACCUGCGGGACUACCCACCUCCUACAGUCUCUCUCUCUCUUCCUCCACCAUGCCAAAAAACUAGGGCACUACAUCUCUUCUUGCACCUACACCAGGGGCAACUUCAUUUUCCCGGAGUCCCAACCCUUUCCUCACACCAACUUCAAAGAAGAGGUCUCUUUCCUAGAGAACGACCUUCCCCCGAGACUCAGCGAGAGAAAAUCCAGUGUUUUGAGGUCCAAGACCUCACAUUCAUGGCAUGUCUACACCUCUAGGGACCCCAACAUGCUAGAGACAGGUGCCCAAAAUGAGGUGUACACUAUGGAAGUGUGCAUGACCGACCUCGACCGGAGCUCCGCUCGUCGGUUUUUCCGACACGAAAAUUAUCUAUCGGGUGAUGAAGCGGGGAGGGAGAUGACUGAGAGGUCGGGAAUUGGGUCCAUAAGGGCGAAUUCAGUAAUUUGCGACUUCGCGUUCGACCCGUGCGGUUACUCGAUGAACGGAUUGUUGGGGUCCUCUUACUCGACGAUUCAUGUUACGCCGGAAAAUGGAUACAGCUACGCGAGUUUCGAGUGCGUGGGCCUGGGCCUGGGCCAGGGCCAGGAGAUGGAGGAAGUGGCUGCGGUUCUGGCAAGAGUAGCCAGGGUUUUUGGGCCCGGGACCCUGUCAGUGGCAUUACGGGCCCCACAAGGGGCGGAGUGGUCAAUUGGGGAGGCGGCGACAGUUCUUGAGCCAAUGGGGAUGGCGCUUCGUGGGGCCCGUGCAGUCGAUGUGCCCGGUGGGGGUAAUGUCGUUUUUCAGGCUUUCGAGCGGCGGAGAGAGUUGUAAGCAUGGAAUAUGGAGUUGCGACUGUCUUUUCCCGGCCAUGGCUACAGAGAGUGAGAGAGAGCUUGUUCCACAGGAGGACAGUUGAGUUGAGGGUGUUGAUACUUCAUACUUGGGACCAUAUUAUGUUGCAUUUCUAACAUGAAUUGACCUUAACACUAAUCACAAGAAGAUGAGAGAGAAAGAGGAGAGAGAGAAAGAGGAGGGAUAAGGGCUCCUAUAGUGGGAUCAUCACAUUCAUAAUGCCUCACCAUUUUGAUGUAUCACGCCUGAAUCGAAAUUUAGGGUUAGUGGGGAGCAUUUGUGUUGUGCCCCUCUAUCUUUGUCCACAAAAGAAUGUGUCCACUUUUAUUCCAUUGCAUAUUUUUCACUUCUUGGGCUUAUUGCUUCUUUGUAAAUUGGACAUCUAUUUUACUAGUGUGCCUCAUAGACAAAUGCUUUUUGUGCUCCUAUUAUUGGGAUUAACCGGAAAUGGACGGUUAAGAUUCAUUGAA